CUCGCCAUCAUGACUUCCGCCGCGCCCUUCGUAUUUCCUCCGACCUACAACUUCCCGCCCUUCUUCACCCCGCAACCGAACAGCAGCACUCGCCUCUCCCAGCUACAAAAGUGGUCUUCUCUGAUCCAAGCUUGGUGCCGACACCACCGUCAAUUCCGUCUCUAUCUCAUUGAUGCCAUCGAAAGCCCGCUCUUCCAUAAUGCGAGCCUGCGCAAGCGACUCGACCUUGCCGAAGCCCGCGCCGUGCUAGAUUGGAUGGCUAAGAGCGAGGAGGAGGGAGGUGGUGGGCGACGGGCCGAGUGGCUGGAUGCUAGUGCAACAGGAGGGAAUGCAGCACCCAAGUCUGUCGCUUAUAUCUGGUGGAGGAGGCCGGAGGAGUGGGCAGAUGUCCUGGUGGACUGGGUUGAGAGUACCGGGCAGCGCGGGGCUGUACUGACGGUUUAUGAGUUGGUGCAGGGAGAAGCGACUGUUUCACAAGAAUUCCAUGGAAUGGAUACGGAUGUAAUGAUGAAGACGCUGAAUGUCCUCGUUAAGCGGGGCAAGACUCAGAUCUUUGGCAGUGAGGGCGAAGAGGGAGUCAAGUUUUUCUAG